AUGUCUUUUGAAGAAAAGGAUUCGUUAGACAAAAUAAAAGAUCAAAUCCAAUUAUACGAUUCCGAAUAUUAUAUAACACAAUGUGAAUGGACCCUCAUUAGUUUUUUACGUUACCGCCAGAAAUGCACCGAUUUUACGUAUAAUAAGGCAGAGGAACACGAUCGGUAUACCUACAGUCUAACAAAGAUACUUAGCUGGAAGGAAGUGCCUACGAAUUUACUUGCUCAAUCUAUUAAAGCACUCGAAUCAUUCCAAGUGAGUACGGUAACAUGCUCUUUGGAUGGGGUUGCGGCCUGCGUUCAAUCACCCAGCACUCCUGAUGGCAGUUGGGAGGUGUUUAAGUUGCGGCUUGGGGUGGUUUCGUCCUAUGGGGUUGCGGCCUGUGUUCAAUCACCCAGCACUCCUGAUGGCAGUUGGGAGAUGUUUGGGGAAAAAAGAUCGCCGAUAGUUACAGAAUUCUGGGAGAGUUUUACAAUGCAAAAACGAAAAUAUACAGCUAUAUCAGAGCGUACAACUGUCCUGGAACAUGCCACUGCAGUUUUAAAAAUAACUUCGCAACAAGAUCAACUAAUAAGAGAAGGGUUUACAAGUACGCUGGAAAAUAAGAUUGGUGAUGGUUCUUCAAAAAAACGUUUAUGUACGACUGAAAAAGAGAAAGAAACAGUGGCACAAGAGACUGAUGUAGUUAUUGUUCAAGAGGAAACAUUAAAUUCAGUUAUAGAAGCAUCUAAUAUAUUUAGAGAUGUCCAAUUCCCAGAGUAUUAUAGUAAACUUAAAACGAUUUGGCAAACUCAUGAAUCAAGUGCUGGUUACUACGUAAUCGACUUAGGAAAUAAGGAAAUAUUAAAGCAAACGCAUGAUCUUUUGAAUGAAGAUGAGUUGAAAUUGUUAUCCUACAGGAUGGCAUUGGUUGAUGAGAACAAAUCUUUAAGUGAAAAGGCGCUCCAAUAUUUGAAAUUGUUCGAUAAAAUUGUACCUUAUUCGGACAAUGAAGAGGAAGAAGAGACAGAUUUCAACAUCGACGAUGAGAUGGUUUUAAAAAUCGAAAAAGAUAUUCAAAACUUGAAUGGAUUAACCACAAAGUUUAAACAUUUAUCCUAUACGCUUCCAAUUCUAAUCAAAGAAUAUGACGAAUCAAUAUAUCCAGAAAUCCAUAUAAUUAGCAGUAUUUCAAGGCAUUUAAGUGCAAUUUCUAAAAUGGAUAGAAUUUUCAUAAAUACAACUGAAAGAACUUGGACCGCUCAUGUCCUCUCAUAUUUGUUUUUUAUGACAUUCAGUUAUAUUAGUUCCAUAAAAUAUUAUUCUUGCGAACGUCAGAUAUCUACGAAAUUUGACUUACAAAAUGUUGAUUAUAGAGCUGAUGGUGUUGCUGAGUUGUUCGAAAGGCCUAAACAAAUCCCCGUGUUUAUACUCGAAGUAUCCGGUGAUCCGGAUAAUCCAGAUCUGGAUAAAUAUAAUGAUGAUAGAAAAAAAUUAAUGAAGGAGGGCAUUUUUGCACUCAAUAAAUUCAUAACGGGAACAAAGUUUCCGACAUGGGAAACAUGUGAAUCUUUGGGCGUUUUUUUAGCUCAAGGAUUUGAGAAUAACCUUGAACUUGGACAAAUGAUCUUUAUUGGACCUGGAUUAUAUUUAUUUUCGCCUUUCACCGUUCCUAAUCUUACAAUACCAACUUCGCCCUUCGAACUAGAACAUGCUCCGAGACUCAUCCGCACACUUUUGUGUUUGCGGUUUAAUAUAAUUCGAAAAAUUAAAAAAUAUCAAAAGCUUGAAAAAAAAGGACAACAUCACAUCAUAAAUCCAUCAUCAAAAUAUAGUACUGGAUUUACACCAGGCCGGCCUGAAAUUGUAACAUUCGAUAAAUUUUUGUCUAAAGUGCCAGACGAUAAGACGAAUAGUGAACAAACGAAAGAGGCUACUAAAGGAAAAGUUCGCGGAAGAGGGAGAGGGCGUGGUGUAUACUCUUGA